CGGCUGUAAACUUUCUACGAUCUCUACUAGAGCCAGAUCCUGCAAAGAGACCAAACAUCCAGCAGGCGCUUGCAAAUCGAUGGCUUAAUGAGAAUUACCCGGGGAGAGCACCACCUAAUGUCACAUAUCCAAACAGGAUUCACCUUGAGGACCUCAGCCAGAGCGUGCUGCUCCAUAUGACCGAGAAGCUGGGCUACAAGAACAGUGACGUCAUCAACACUGUGCUGUCAAACAGGGCAAGUCACACACUUGCUAUCUACUUUCUACUUAAUAAGAAGCUGGAACGCUACUUGGCAAGCCUUAGGAAGUCUGAAGGCCAGGACAGUAUUUGCCACAAGAAUCACCUAUACCAGAUAGAAAAAUACAAGGCAAAUAAAGACUCCUGUGAGAUACAGAACACCAAGGCUCUGCUGAAGGACCGGAAAGUCACCAAGGCUGGAGGUCCAGAGAAAGACUCCAGCGGUGGGGUAAGCCCUUUCCAUGAACCUCUGGCAACCAAGACAGGUUGCGUCACUUCCAGCUCCCUGGAGUACCUUGAAGUCCAGCAGCCACCCCCGAGAACGCCUCGGCUCCUCAAGAGGCAGGAGUCUCCACAGCAGGAGCCAGGCCGGGUCGGGGGCCGGGCAAAGGACUCUCCUCUCAUCCUGAAUAUUGUGCACUCCUUUGAGUCGGUUGACAGAGAAGACCAAAUAGACCAGGUCUCCCCCUCUCAUCAGUACAGGAUUUUAGGCUCGCCAAUGAAUUUCCCUUACAAAAGCUCAAGUGAAAGGACACUGUCCCCGCUUUUUCAGCCAGGGAGUACAUCCCCCGUCCACCCCACCCAAGUCUCUUUCACAUAUGAAGAAAAAGCGUAUCUGGCAAAGGAAGAAGCGGUGUCUCCUACUCAGCUGGUUUCCAACAACCCCUUGGGCAGCCCUAACUGUGUUAAAAGCAGAGGCAGAUUCCCCAUGAUGGGGAUCGGGCAGAUGCUGCGGAAGAGGAACCAGACGAUGCAGUCGGUGAGCGACAAGCCGCUGGAAGCGAGGAUGCCUCAGCUGCAGCAGAUGAGCCCCACGCAGAUUUCCUUCAAUGCAGCAGAUGCUGUCAGCGGCCAGUGUUAG